CCACACAUUUUGAUUCUCUUACAAAUUACAACCCUAAAUCCCUCCUCUCUGUUCAUCAUUUCAAUCUCACUCUUAAGCUUCCUGCAGACAUGUCCGGAAAGGGUUUCACUGUUGAUUUGAGUAAACCCCUUGUGUUUCAGGUUGGUCACCUUGGGGAAACUUAUCAAGAAUGGGUUAGCACGCCUAUUCUGACCGAGGAAAGUCCUCGGUUUUUCGAGAGUGAUUUCUUGGAGAUGUUCACUCGGACACUGUGGUGGGUAGUGCCGGUCAUAUGGGUGCCUGUUGGAUUAUAUUUCAUCAGAUUGUCAUACACCAUGGGCCAUACACUUCCCAUUGUGGUCAUACUGGCUAUUGUUGGGGCCUUUGUAUGGACAUUUAUCGAGUAUUGUUUUCAUCGUUUCCUUUUCCAUAUCGAUACUACUAGUUAUUGGGGAAACACCUUUCACUAUCUCAUCCAUGGUUGCCACCACAAGCAUCCUAUGGAUGGCCUAAGGCUUGUGAUUCCACCUGCAGAAGCUGCUAUACUAGCCCUAAUGUUUUGGAAUCUGUAUGGGAUUUUGUUCACUCUCUCGACAAGGCCCGUAAUGUUUGGAGGUGGAUUGAUUGGAUAUGUUAUGUAUGAUAUGAUCCAUUACUAUGUACACCACGGUCAGCCCACCAAGCAAAGUCUUAAAAGCCUUAAGAAAUAUCACUUGAACCAUCACUUUAGGAUUCAAAACAAGGGUUUUGGGAUAACGACGGCGUUAUGGGACGGAGUUUUUGGAACCUUACCAACAACGAAAGCAGCAGAGAAGAGCGGAUAG